AUGUUUACUGUCGUUGUUUGCUCUGCUAAUUAUCAUGUACAUUUUAUUUUAUUUUUAAUUUUUCUCUCAUGGAUCGCACACGGACGUGAAGAAAUGCCGGAGCCUGUCGUUUGUGCCACGCAAGAAACAGGUACCGAUGGCAGCAACCAGGUCAAUAAAAGUAUUUGUUUUUUGGAGGUUUUUCUCUCCAUGUAUGCCUUGAGGUGCAAAGAGUUUGCCAUAGAAAUGAACCCCCGUGCGCUUCAGGCUGCCGUCGCGAUGCAGGACGCUGUUGAUAUUGCGAAAAGGGAUCUGUCUGAUUCUGAUACAACUACAAGAGGGGUUACGUACAAGCUCAACGGCGUACCUUUUGGUGUCAGUGGCUCGCAAGCACUUUUUCCAGCUUUUGCCUGUAUGCCUCUUGUAAAGCUCGAUCUCAAUGACUGUUAUUUGGGCGAUGCAGGCACGCGCACCCUUGCAGAGGUGAUGAGCACAAGUUCUCGCUGUGGGACUAUGAUACGUGACAUUCAUUUAAGUGGUGUGGGCAUUGUUGAUGCCUCUUCGUUGACGUGUGUUAUGACUGCAGCACAUCAACUAGAGUUGUUGGACGUGUCUCGCAACAGAAUUGGUACACAACCGCACGGGUUAGCGGUGUUGUGUGCGUCGAUGCACCACCACAAAUCAUUACGCGAGGUGAAUUUGGGUGACAACCUGAUAAGCGGUUCCUGCGUUGUAACUAUACGGGCCAUUGCUGAAUGGGUGGUAUGCGCUGGUCAUGACGAUGUUCUGCACCGCAUUGAUUUACGCUUUAACACACUAGGGAUUCUUCGGGAAUUUGGCGGUGUUGUCAUUCCAAGCAGGACGAAUUUAACACACUUUAUAUACGGUGCUCACCCGCUUGUGGAUGCGCUUUUUUUAAACAACACAUUGGAAUAUUUUGAACUUUAUGGCAAUGCUCUUUCCGCAGAUGUAAUCGACGUUCUGGAAGCCAAGUUGGCUGUCAACAGGCGUACGAAGAAGACCAUUCAGAAGUCACAUACACAACUGACAUGUAAUAAGGGCUGA